AUGGAUAUCAGGAAUUUCUUUGAAAAAGGGACAACACGGGAAAAAAGAAAAAAAGGUCGGGAUAGUAGCAGUGGAGGAAGCGAUGAAAAUGACAACAAUGAUAAAACCCAUGUAAUGCCAAGAUCAUUGCAUGCUAACAUUGGACAAGCGUCACAUUCUCCAGCAGAACCUGUAAAUAUAUCUGUUGCCGAUUAUUCUUCAGCAAUUGCCGAAGCAAUUGACAAUUUCUUGAUUAGUUCUAACCUCCCAACAGAAGAUUGCGUAGGGUUUAGAUUCGAUGGUUGUUCUACAAUGGCAGGGAAAGAGGGUGGCGUACAAGCCAUUUUGAGAAAAAAAUAUCCUGCUUUAUAUUUUUAUUGCUCAAGUCACAAACUCAACCUUGUUGUGAAUGAUGCGAACGCAGUGCCAGAAAUUAGAAAUACUGUCGCCACUGUUAAGGAUGUUAUAACGUUUUUCAGAGAAUCGACUACUCGUCGAAACUACGCCAAAACCUAUCACGAUUGUGUGAGACGAGAUGGUCCGAAAAAUAUAAAUCAAUCAGAAAGUUUUCUCAACAUGGAAAUUAUGCCACCAGAAAAUCUGCAUAUCAGUUGCAUUCAGCCGUUACAAAACCAGUGUUUAUUGUUGCUCUACAAACAAUAGCCAAAUAUUCAGCAGUUUUAGAACCAGUAGUUAACGCACUGCAAGCUAAAUCGAUCGACAUGAUCUCGGUGGGGGAACACAUCAAAAAUAUCAAGGACAUUCUCAGAAAUGACCGCGAGUUUCCUGAUAAAGUAAGUAAUGAAAUGCUUCAAAAA